AUGCUACCAACACUAUCAGUUUUCUUCAUGUUGAUCUUUGUUCUGCUCUGUUUCCUGGGGAUCCUGGCCAACGGCUUCAUUGUGCUGAUGCUGAGCAGGGAAUGGCUACUGCGCGGUAGGCUGCUCCCCUCGGACAUGAUCCUCUUCAGUUUGGGCACCUCCCGAUUCUUUCAGCAGUGUGUUGGGCUGGUGAACAGUUUCUACUACUUCCUCCAUCUUGUUGAGUACUCCGGGAGCCUUGCCCGGCAGCUCAUUAGUCUUCACUGGGACUUCUUGAACUCAUCCACGUUCUGGUUUGGCACCUGGCUCAGCGUCCUGUUCUGUAUCAAGAUUGCUAACUUCUCCCAUCCUGCCUUCCUGUGGCUGAAGUGGAGAUUGCCAGCGUUGGUGCCCUGGCUCUUGCUGGGCUCUAUCUUGGUGUCCUUCAUUGUAACUCUGCUGUUCUUUUGGGGAAACCACACUAUAUAUCAGGCAUUCGUAAGGAGAAAGUUUACUGGGAACACAACCUUUAAGGAGUGGAACAGAAGGCUGGAAAUAAACUAUUUCAUGCCUCUGAAAGUUGUCACCAUGUCAAUUCCUUGCUCUCUUUUUCUGGUCUCAAUUUUGCUGUUGAUCAAUUCUCUCAGAAGGCAUUCGCUAAGAAUGCAGCAUAAUGCCCACAGCUUGCAAGACCCCAACGUCCAGGCUCACAGCAGAGCCUUGAAGUCACUCAUCUCAUUCCUGGUUCUUUAUGCGCUGUCCUUUGUGUCCAUGAUCAUUGAUGCUACAGUCUUCAUCUCCUCAGAUAAUGUGUGGUAUUGGCCCUGGCAAAUUAUACUUUACUUGGGCAUGUCUGUACAUCCAUUUAUCCUCAUCACCAAUAAUCUCAGGUUCCGCGGCACCUUCAGGCAGCUACUCCUGUUGGCCAGGGGAUUCUGGGUGGCCUAGAAG